AUGGCCUCUCUGGGCGGCUCCGUGCCCUUCUUCCGGAGCUUUGCUCCCCGGCUUUCGAGGGAGUUCUUCACCUGUCGUCAAUGUCUAACACAAAGUCCGAGUUAUGCCGCCAAACCCGCCGCCUUUCGCAGGCAGUUCGGAGCUUUCUCCUUCACCCCGAACACCAACAACGUGAACUCCGCCGCUGCAUAUGCUAGGGCGAAGAAGGCUUUCCCCUCGACCUGGAAGAGAUCCGCCUCCGGGUCUGCGGCUGCGAGCGCGAUUGAGACCGGAACUCCGAAGUCUGGGUCCAGAUUUCCCGAUGUGAGCCACAAGUCGGUGGCUUACUGGCUGCUUGGAAGCGCGGCCAGUGUCUUUGGUAUCGUAGUGUUUGGUGGAUUGACGAGAUUAACGGAAUCAGGCUUGAGUAUCACAGAAUGGCGCCCCGUCACCGGAUCCCUCCCCCCCAUGAACGCAGACGACUGGGAAUCGGAAUUUGCAAAGUACCGCGACUCCCCCGAAUUCCAGCUCUUGAACCCGAAUAUGACCCUCUCCGAAUUCAAAUCGAUCUACUACAUGGAAUGGAUUCAUCGCCUGUGGGGCCGGUUCGUCGGUCUAUCGUUUGUGCUCCCCGCCGUUUACUUCGUCGCUCGGAAAAAGGUCAGCAAGCCCAUCGCGUUGCGUCUGGCUGGAAUUGCCGGCUUGAUCGGAUUCCAAGGGUUCCUCGGAUGGUGGAUGGUUAAAUCGGGAUUGAAGGAUGACCUCUUCGCACCCGGCAGUCACCCCCGUGUGAGCCAGUACCGUCUGACGGCGCACCUGGGCGCUGCCUUCGUUUGCUACGUCGCUAUGCUAUGGAACGGUCUUGCCAUCCUGCGGUCUCAUCGUCUUCUCGCGGACCCCGAGGCCGGUACCAAGCUGCUCGACUCGCUCCGUGACCCGAAACUGAAGGUCUUCCGUCGCUCGGUUGCCGGACUGGCCCUUCUCGUCUUCACGACGGUCAUCUCCGGUGCCCUGGUCGCUGGUCUCGACGCCGGUCUGAUCUACAACGAAUUCCCCUUCAUGGGCAAUGGCCUGGCUCCUCCCAAAUCGGAACUCUUCGACCAGCGGUACUCGCGUCUCGAGGAUAAAUCCGACCUCUGGUGGCGGAACAUGCUCGAGAACCCCUCCCUCGUGCAGCUGGACCACCGGAUUCUCGCCAUGACCACCUUCUCCAGCAUCAUGGGUCUGUGGGCCUACUCCAAGACGCCCGCCAUGAAGCGCCUUCUCCCUCCCGCUGCCAGGAAGGGCGUCCACGGCGUCGUCGCUUUCGCUUUCAUGCAAGUUGGCCUGGGCAUCUCGACCCUGCUCUACCUCGUCCCUACGCCUCUCGCUUCGGCCCACCAAGCUGGUAGCUUGUUCCUCCUUACCUGGGUUCUUGUCCUGGGAAGCCGCAUCUGGCGUCCUUCGCGGACGGCUAAGCUGCUGCAAAUGGCGGCCAAGGCCCGUGGCCAGGCUCUGUCGAAUGCGGCUGCCCAUGGACCUCGUCGGGUAUAA